AUGGGUCGGCAGAAGAAGCAGAAUCGCCAAAAAGAGAGACAGCAGCCUCACGGUGUUGAUCUCAUGGCGGCUCUCUUUGGCACGCCGACUCGAGAAAGCAUCCGGCGUCAAGAGCAGCAGCAGCAAGCCCAAUCACCAUAUUACGAGUCUGAUGAAUAUCUUGAGAGCAGCGAAAGCGAAGAAGAAUCGUCUACCGAAGACGAUUCCGUGACCUGGUCUGAAGAUAGUGACAGUGAUGAAGAAAGCGACAGACCCAGAGCUGGUCGACUGGCAGAGAAGUCUUCUUCCAAGAAAAAAUCAAGAAACCGAUCAACAACGCGCCCUAAGUCUUCAGAGAAAUCGAAAGCCAAGAUGGUUUCCCCUGGAAAGUCUUCUCGAUCCUCAAAAGAGCGGGCUUCGGACUCUCCCAAGAAGAGCACUUCUGCCCGGACCGUUCAUCGUUCAUCUAGCGUUAAGCACAAGAACCGAAGACACAAGAAGGGUGACUCGUCACCUUCAACCAGAACUCCCUCUUACCACAUGCAGCAAGAGAAGCAAGCAGCGUCAAGCCGGGCGACGUCGCCUCCAAGCGUCUCCCAUCCAGUCCCGCAAGCCGUACCAGGCUACCCGCCAGUCUACACCACAACGCCAUUCCCAGUCCUCCAGCCCAUUCAAGGCUUUCAACAACUACAAACUACUCAGAUUGCUCCAGAGACUCAGAAUAUACUUGCUCCGCUGUCUCAGCCACCUCAAGUUUUUGCACAGCCUGCGCAACAUCAAGCCGCGCCUAUUUUGACUUAUCCCCAGGCCCCGUUGGCUACUGUUGGAAUUCCUGCUUGUUCUUCUACUAACAGUAUCGCUCGAAAACUGUCCAUACUUCAGUCCGAAAUUGAUCAAAAGGAGAAAGAAGUGGCCGCUCGGCCCCACGAUGUUGUUUUGAACUACCAGCUGCACACUCUUCGCCAUGAAAUCAACAAAACUCUCAAUGAGGCCAUGGCAUCUCCCCCACAGGCAACAUGCUCGCCUUGCUCUCACAAACAUUCCACUGCCUCGUUUGAAGGCGAAGAUGGCCCGUCGAAAUUCUCCACCCCAGUCAAAAGCAAGACCUCUCGAGCCCGUACGAAAUCAAAUCAGCAUGAGGAACGCGGCCGAAGCGAGGCGCUUUCUUCCGAGGCAGUACCCAUGGGACAACGGGCAGAGAGCCCUGAGCCAAGUGUCAAGUACCACGUUUGCUUCGGUUGCGGUUCAGUUCGAUCAACCAAGUACCAUGACAGCCACCCGAUAGACCCUUCACAGGGUCCUAUCAGAAACUUAUGCUCCAAGUGCCGAGAUGCCAUAAUUGAGAGAGGGGUGAUUGGCAGCCGGCACAUCUGCUUUGGGUGCGGCAUCGUUCGGUCGAAGCGCUUUCACAAGGCUCAUCCCGCGAAGAAGGGCGAAGCUCUACUUCCGAAUUACUGUGCUACAUGCGUGAGCGAGAUGCGCACUUCUGAGACAGCGGUUGAUUGCUCCGUCGUCGGAGAACAUGGUCGCGUCCUCCUUUCGAAUGAAACUGGAUCGGCCUCGAAGAUUUACCCCGAUCAGAGUCGUCAUGAAAUUGCAUCUUCCAACAAAGGGAAGAGCAUUAUGGACUCGAUGGUCUCUUCUAAGGAAUCGAAGAGGAAGCCUCCACGUGAACAUCGAGUACGGGAAGGCCCGAAGUCAAAGGAAAAGCUGGCUCGUCCCAAGGCGGACUUCUCAGAAACCUCUAACAAGACUUCUAUGGGAAGAAAGAUGAAAUACAGCCCACCUCGCGUUGAAGACCAUACAUCCAACCUUGGUUUUGAGCAAAAAAUGUUCCGUCAAGGUACCGAGAGUGCUUUCUACCCAAAUUCGACUGGUGGUAGUGUCAAAUUGAGUCCUGGAAAUCAUUCAUUCUCGGGUUUGAAACCUGCCAAUGGCACUCCAAAGCGGGACAUUCCUGAGGAUGAACAAGUCUUGAAUGAUAGCAACCCCUCAUCAUUUACGAACUACAUGAAUUAUCAUUCAUGGGGCAACUUGGAUCCAAACUUCAAGACACCUGAAGAUGAUACUUUCUUCGCCAGAUCCAACGCCGAUGGUUUUGAGUCGCAAUCUUCACCAACAUCUGCAGCAUCACCCGCCACUUACGUGAGCAGUUCCCAGAACCAUCGAUCCCCAAAGACGGAACACAUACUGCCUAAAACUACUGGUGGUGCGUUCAGUGCUGAUGCUGGGUUCGAUCCGACUGCGUGGAACUUCUCAGCUGCUCCUUCUUGGGCAACAAGGGGAACACAAAAGUCCGAAAGCCACAACCCAUCGCCAAACCGUGAUUCCCGGCCCGAUAACCAGUUCGGAAUGAAGGAGUCUUCUGAGAGAGACUACCAUAAGUCUGAAAAGGCGGAUGGACCCCCGCGAACGCCACAGAUCCCCCGAAGCCCAUUCCUUCGAGACCAAGGCAACUUUGGAUCAGUCCCAGGGGACCAACCAUCGCCGCCAUAUCCUACCAACACUCCUGGCGGCCACCACUUCCCAGAGACUGCUCGUAAUCACUAG